UCUCCAGAGAGGAAAUUCCUGCUCCAUUAAGGUACCCAAAACCUCAUUCCUCCUGUUUCCCAAGGGGGUGAUGUAAAGCCUCUUCAGCUCAGCUCUGGCAGGCCACGCUGUCCUUGGGCUAGGAUGAGAACAGCCCAAGGGGGAUCAGCUCUGGCCUACUGCAGCAGGGGCCUGAAUCCCACCGGCUCGGUGGUCUGGAGAAGCUGCUCUAGCCCACCUGCCAUCCCUCCUGCAGGACCCAGCGCUGCCUGCUGGGACUUCUGGCUGUUCCUGCUGCUGCCCGGUUGCCCGGGGGAUGGUUGCCAUGCUCUCCUUACAGCAACAAUAGCCUGGAUAUGGCAGCUGGAUUGCAGGUGCAGUGCGAGCCGUGGGCUGAGAGGAGGCAGCCAUGGAGGGCCUGGAUUUGGAGGCCGACCGUCCAUACGUCCCACAGGGGACUCUGGAAACUGAUUUCCCCACACCCUUGUACAGUGACCAAUACCUGACACUGCGAGGGCCCCACAACGCCCCCAUCCUGAAGCAGGCCGUGCGUUGGUCGUGCACCCCCAUGGGCUGGGAUGCCCGCGGGCAGACCUGGUACGCAGGGCUGACCAAUAGCGACAACCGGGAUGCCUGGUACACACUCACCAGCCCUGUCAGCCGGGAGGCCUACCACUGCUGGGCCCAGGCCCAUGCCAAGCGGGAGCAAAAAACCCUGCCCCCUGCCUAUGCCCAGCACCUGCGAGAGGUGGCAUGGUACGACCCCAUUGUACCUGCUCAGUACCUGGAGCCCAGCACGCGGUGGGGGGCCUUCCGCUGGAGAGACAAACCCAUCCUGGGCAAGGAGUACGUUGUCAACCGCAACCGCUGCACCAGUGAACUGAAGGGCAAGGCCAGCUACGUCCCCUACCUGUCGACCCACACCCCCCGGUUCACCACCAGGGACUUCCGCACCUGGAGCCUGUUCAGCCACCAGCCAUCCACCAGCCAAUAAAUG